GCCACGCACACAGCCUGUCAGAGCUGCAGACAUCAGGACGGUUUGGAUGAUUAAAGUCAACAGGAAGUCUUCAGAUCGUGAAGGAGUCAGAGACAAACAUCCUAUGAGAAUCAGAGAGGAAGACAUUUAUUCUUGUUUCGUUUUCUUUCUUCUGGAGGAGCUGAAGAUGACAGAGACCAGACUCUGGCUCGCUCUGUGCGCACUUCUGCUCUUUAACAUGGGAUCCACUGGUCAUGCAGAUGAAGGCCAUGUUGUUAAUCCUGCUCCACCGUCCACUGAGCUUCACCAUGUAAAUGAUUCAAGCCUGGACACCACCGGUAGUGCGCACAACAGCUCCGACCCAGAAUCAACCAUCAGUUUGAACAGCAACACAACGAAAGAAAAUGAAACCAUCUCUAAGUCAUCCCAUCCAGGUAACAAUAAUGGUACGACUGAGGUGACACCAUGGUCAAAGAACCACUCCUCUACCCCUUCCUUUAAUGUCACCAGUUCUACAAACAUGACGUACACCACAGCAGCACCUGCAUCAAACCACAGCAACAUCACCGAUCAUUCUGCUCUUCCAUCUGGACCUUCAAACCAUUYCACUUCAACGGAGGCACUCUCACGCACCACUGUGUCCAUACCUGGACCACAAAACACUUCUUCUACCACUGCCAGCAUUCAGACCAAUUCAGCAUCCAGCACCAGCUUAUUCAUUGAGUCUCCCAGUACUCCUGUUCCAGCAGACACUUCCCAAACCAGCGCACCCMCUAAGACUGAAGCCCAGCCCAAGUCCACUGAGACUCCAGUGGAGCGCAGCACCGUAAUGAAAAGCCAGUCUGCGAGUCCGUCYCAGCUCAACAUGGGGGGUGAGGCUGCAACAGCCCACGUUUCUCCCACAGUGGACCCUCUCCUGGCUGGCCUGGUGUCUGCCCUCAUUGUCGCUGCUGUUAUCAUCGCUUUGCUCCUCUUCCUCAAGCUGCGCAGGAGAGACAGCAGACCGGCGUUCCGCAGGCUGCAGGAACUUCCCAUGGAUGACAUGAUGGAGGACACGCCCCUGUCCACGUACACCUAUUGAUGGAACUCCAACAGAACUUUUGAUCCUCUCCAGUCCAGUGUUAAAUCAUAGUGGUUGUUAAAACUGGUCUAUGCUUUUUAAAAUUGCACCUAAAAAAACUGGGUCAGYGUUAAGGUCUCCACAUACUCCAUCCAAWGCCAAACAGACGACGCGCCGACGUGUUUGUUCGGUGUUUGUUUUCGCACACACCUUUCAUGAGACACACAAUGCUUGGCUCCUGGAAACCCCUCCUGCUGUGGUAUGAGGUGAUUUUCGUCGUGCCACUGCAACAGUGAGAACUGAGUUUGGCAGUUGAUGUGGAGCAUGCUGAGGCCUUUAGUCUGAGCUGCUUCUAUUUACCCACAUUACUGGCACAAAGGGAAAGAGCCUGUGAACAAUGAAGACCUGCUGAAUGAUGGAUCUCGUUGGAAAAAGUUUGUUUUGGUGUGUUUAGUGUGCAAGUACAGUUUAGGCAAAGAAAAGAGAUACAGUUGUGUUGAUCAGUGUUGCAGUUUGCACUGACCCAGACUUUUUAAACUCACAUGUUGGGGAGUUGGUUUAAUUACCAGUUUAAUUCUGUCAGAAACGUUGACUGAAAUGUCUGACGAGAAGAAAACAAAUAUUUGAUUUUAGAUCAAAAAGAAAAAAUCAGUAGGUCCUCUGGAUGGUUCUUCUUUAGUGAA